GUACCCCUGCACCUGUCAUUACAAAUUUGGUUAAAAUGAUUUGCGCCAGUGAGUGAAAAGUUGUAAAUUGUGUUGCACGUAMUUGGACCUUGACGCUUAAAAUUUCUAACUUAAAAUGAAAACAUAGAGUGGUUUGAAAUCAGUUCGGACGUGUUUCAAGUCGUGUCAAGUCCAUAUGAGCAUGGAAAGGAAAAGUGAAGAAUCGGCCCAAAGCAGAGUCCUUCUGGAAGAGACCUUUUACGUUUUGACGAAGAAAAACUGCGUGUUUCGGGUCCGUCUGACAAAAGCCGGCCUUUAUUUAGUGAAAGAAAACGAAAACAACAUCAAAGAGCAAGUGAUCUCAAUCCAAGACAUCAUAGGUUGUAGGUGUCUCAGAAGCAAAAAACAGUCGAAAAAUUGUGCUUGUCAGUCAAUUCCCCGCUCUGCCAACCUCAAAGUAGUCGAAGAAAAUUCGGGGGAUUUGGAUGAUACGGAUGUGAGCGCUUACCUCUACAUUUACGCUUAUAUUUUAGUCAAUAACAAGGGCACGAGCAAAAAGAGGGAACGCACGAUUAUUACGCUGAGAUUUCGAUCGUUUGAUAAAUACGAAGAUAACAACAAAGAAGCGCAAAGGUGGAGAACAAUGAUCAAAAAGUUGAUCAAGGGCGAGAACGUUAGCACGAGUCAUAUUGCCGAUUUUUCCGUUUCCAAUAAGUACAAAGAAGAUAGGCGGUUGUUGGUCUUGUGCAACCCCAAGAGCGGGCCUGGGAAGGGCAGGAUCAUUUUUCAGCAAAAAGUUGUACCUAUUCUGCAAGAGGCGGAAAUUCCUUAUGAUUUACAUAUCACCAAAUAUGCUAAUUUUGCAAGAGAAUUUAUAAGGACAUGCAAUAUUUUUCAAUGGAGUGGUAUUAUUCUGGUCGGCGGUGACGGCAUCGUCUUUGAAGCAAUAAAUGGUCUUUUCGAGCGUUGGGAUUGGUCUGACGUCGUUAAAACCAUCCCAAUCGGGGUCAUUCCCGGAGGUUCCGGCAAUGGGCUGGCCCGCAGCAUCGCCUACCACUGCUCGGAGCCCUAUCUCCCAUCACCAACCUUGCCCUCAGCCCUAGCCGCCGUUCGCAACAACUGUGCCCCCAUGGAUCUAGUUCGUGUCGAGACAACUUCCCAAAUAAUGUUCUCAUUUUUAUCGCUAGGGUGGGGCUUCCUUUCCGACAUUGACAUUGAAAGCGAACGACUCCGGAUGCUCGGGGGGCAAAGGUUCACCGUGUGGUCUGUCGCGCGACUCAUAGGGCUGCGCAGCUACGGCGGCAAAUUAUGGUAUUUACCGGCGAACGUGCCUUUGGUGCCCUCCAGGCUGGAAGUGAACACCGGAAGUGCAUUAGAUUUGCCUGCGGAAGUGCAUUUGGAGACCCAAACGGGGCGCCAACGGUUGGACUCAUGGUACAGUGCGGCGUCGCGACGUAGCGCCUAUUUUUCAGCCACGGGGAGUAGUUAUCAGUCGACGGCGGAUAGCGGGGGUGGGGGUGAUCCCUCCGGGGGCGACCCGGACAAGCCACGGAUGUACGGUCCCGCGAGCAAGCUUCCCUGCCUCACGCAGCCCCUUCCCGAGUCAUGGAAGUGUAUAGAGGGGCGGUUUGUGAUGGUGCACGCCUCGUAUCAGACGCAUUUAGGAGAGGAUUGUCUCUUCGCCCCCGAUGCCAAGCUCAACGACGGAACGAUUUGGUUGUUGAUCGUGCAUGGGGGCACCACGCGGACACAGCUACUGCAUUUUCUGUUGGGGUUGAGUACUGGGGCCCACACGUCGAUGGUCGGUGAAGGGGGGCCCAUCGAGUUGAUAGCAGUGAAUGCGUUUCGGAUAGAACCCGAUAUGAACGAACAGGGGUAUAUGACUGUUGAUGGGGAGCAUGUGGAGUAUGGGCCGAUUCAAGCUGAGAUUUUUCCGAGUUUAGCAAGAGUUAUGGUUCCCUGAUCAGAACAUUCCUUAGGUACUAAUAAUUGUAAAAAUAAAUCUAAGGUUGUGAUUUUAUCUACUUUAGAGCCAGUUCUUAUAAGGCUUGACGGCAUUUAAUGGUGUAGAGGUGAUCAUUUUUUUCCCGACUUUAAUCUUGCUGUUUUGUUGUAUUUAUUUAUUGUUACGGAUAGGUGAGCUCCACGAAUUAUAUAAGUUGGCCUAGCUUUAAAAUAGUAUUUACGGCAACUUGGCUUUAAAAGCCAAGAAAAACUGUAAAUUUUUGUUCAAGAGGUAGAAAUCUUAUAAUUCCAGUGAUAUGAACACCAGUGUAAAAAAAUCUUUGUAAUAAUUCUAUUCAUAGUUGAAACGGGGUCUCAGGAGUUUUAUCCGGUGGUCAUUUGUUUCUAUUUAAUGUAAUGUAUGUUGUUACUUUUUUAUAAGGAAAUCACUCAUUAACAGGCCAUUAUCAAACGAUUUUAUAAUCAAAAGUUGCCAAUACCGUAGUGCUAAAAAGUAAUGAAUUGUUAAACACGUCAAAACGACAAUUAAUUUUUUCUAAUUCUAUUGUUAUGAUUAAAGGAAAACAUUAAAUACUCGCUUUCUUAACAAAUGGUAAAAAGCGUAUUUCUGAUACCAAGAUUUUUUUUUGUUAUUGUAUAACAAAAGAUUUUGAAUGUAAUUUUUGUACCUGAGGGCCUUCUUGUUAAUUAGAUUGUUAAAUAGUAAAGUGUGACUUCAUUGGCUGAUUCAUUUGUGUUGAAAGCAAUUUUAUUAUCAGUAAUGCUCAUGUUUGUAGGCAAUAAUCCUGCAAUUCUUUUAACCAUGUAACAUGUCUUUUUGCUGUAGGUUUUAGUAAAAUGAGUACCGUAGGUGAAGGCUGUGAAAUAUUACAAAACCUUUUUUAAACUUCACCAUGUCUGUUAUUUAUUUAUAGUUUUUGUUUGCUCAAAUUAUAAAAAAUUAAAUUGUUAAAAAUCAGAGUAUUAAAACUUAUUUCUGUGAUUAUAAUAUUGUAUAGCAAUAUUUAAAUAAAUAAACUGAGAUUAUGAAA